AUGGUGCUGCAAAUGGAUGUGUUUCGUUCGUUGCUCUCCUAUGUCUUUAGCUUGAUGAUUUGUGCAGCUCUGAAGGGAAGCAGUGUGUCAGGGGCCUGUGCAUUUGGAGGUUCUGACAGUGCACUGAAGAAUGUUUUGAGAGGAUCUCAUGCUUUUGUUUUCUGUGUUAGACAGGGCUAUGAAGAACUGGAGAGACAGCUGAAGGAAGUCUUUAAGGAGAGGAGCAAUAUUCUUCGUCAACUGUCCAAGACUUCUAAAGAACUCGAGGGAAUUAAAGUAAACCUCCAGUCUUUGAAAAAUGAUGAAGCAUCAGCCAGAAGUGAUGUGCAGAAACUUCUUGAACUGGGCCAAAAGCAAAGGGAAGAAAUGAAAUCUCUUCAGGAAGCCUUUCAAAAGCAGCUAAAUGAGGCAGCUGAGAAGGCAGAAAAGCAGCAAGCUACUAUUAAUUUUUUGAAGACAGAAAUGGAAAGGAAGAGCAGAAUGAUCCGGGACCUCCAAAAUGAGAACAAAAGCCUCAAAAACAAGCUGCUGUCAGGAAACAAGCUUUGUGGUAUUCACGCAGAAGAGUCAAAAAAGAUCCAAGCCCAGCUGAAAGAACUUCGUUAUGGCAAAAAAGAUUUGAUUUUCAAGGCACAACGGCUAACAGAUCUGGAACAGAAACUAGCAGCUGCAAAAGAUGAAUUGGAAAAGGCAGCCCUUGACAAGGAUUCACAGCUGAAAGCUCUCAAGGACACUGUGCAGCUUUGCCUGUCCUCCAUUCUGCACAAUCAGCCUCCUGCUAUACAUCGAAUCCCUUCAAAACCAGCAGAGAAGCUGACAUCCUCAGCUACAAAGGGCUCAAAAGUUCAAUUUCCAGUGAUAAGCACCAAGGUAUUGUUUCUCCCUCACUUCUUUUUUUUUUUUUUUUUUCAAGCAUCUUUGAGAGUUUGUCCUGUAAGAGCAUCAAACUGGAACUAAGGAGGAUUUAAAAUUCAUUGCAAGAUUAGGAUGAAUUUUAAAGAUAAUUCUAAGCCAAUUUCUGUUAUCAGUAAACUUUCACAGAGUUGGGAAAUUAGUACUUUUGUUUGCUGAGAAGCAAAAUUCCAUCUAUUGCUUGCUAAAUGAGCUGUGUCCACAUAACAAAUCUACGAGGAAGAUGGAUUUGCAUCUAAAACAAGCAAGAAUGGAAAUCCACGGGAUUAUUUACCUGCCAGAUACUGAUAAUGUACUUGUGGUACUACAGCACUGAACAGUGAGGCACUUUUUGUUUUUCACAAAAAAAGCCAUGACAAAGGCCAAUAUAGAAGAGUAAAGCAUGUUGGUAUGCUCAAACAGAAUUUGCCAAAAGGGCUGCAAUGAUAGGCCACGGAAUGUUUGAUUUGCAGAAUACAUUGAGGAAAUAGGAACAACAGUUUAGGAAUAAAUAUGAUUAAAGAACUGGUUUGUAAAGCAUUUUGAUUCUAUAAAUUAAAGCAUUUUAUCACAGUUGAGAUGUACAGUGAUUGACGGAUAUUCAGAAAAUUUCCAUUUCCAGGGUUGCAUUUUGCUCAUCUAUUCAUGUGAUUCGAUACAUUUAGACUGAGCCUAAGGAAGAAAAUUUUACAGCAGGAUGGUGGAGCGAGAGUUUCAUGUUCCCCUUAAAUUUCACAACUCUUUCAUGAAAUAUAAAAAGAGAUUGUAAUUUUUAUAGCAGCUGUUGAUACGCACCAUUAGUACAGAGAUUGAAGCCAAACAUCAGAAAUCUUUCUCUAUGUAAUUAAAAUUGAACUGUAAUGUCAGAAAGUUGAAUAUGAUUAUAAAGCUGGAUCUCAUGUUGCUUCUCUUACCAUAACAACUGUAGGUUCCUUAACUGUUUCACAGUGAGAAGCCUUUACUUCGUAAACCAUUACCUCUAGAAAGAAACCAGCUUAUUAUUUAGUAACAGCCCAUGAGUAUAUUAGACAUCACUUAGAUUAAGACAGCUGGUUCUCCAUUCUGAAGAAAGAUGGACUCAAGGAUAUGUAGACUGAGAUUUCAGGAGCACGUAAUCCCUGGCACAGCAAAGAAAUAUAGCAUAGUGUUUGGAACUGAAUUUAUGACAUUAGAUUGAAACGCAAAAUUAUCUUCAUUCUUUUUCCAUAAUCAAAUUGAUUUUGUGUUUAAUGUUCCAGUUUAUGAAAUAUAGCAAUAUUUCUGUGCAGCAGUCUGAGUCCUCUGUAUCCCAACAGUGCUUGAAUAACUUAUGCUCCUGCUUUAAUAGACAUUGUUCACAUUUCUCUGCACAUGGCAUAUGCCAUGAAAAUGUCUGCAAAACUGAUGGUUCUGAGUCCUGCUCUUCCUCACAUUGACACCUCAUUAUUAUAAAUCUGCAUUAUCUGUGAUUAUAAAACCACUGAAAUCUGCUACUGUAAAAUAGGUUGUCAAGUCAGCAUAGCCAGUCCAGAAUGUCUACAUUUAAGCCUUAUUAUGGAAGGCAUUUUUCUUAUUUUUCUAAAAAGAAUAAUAUCCAUUCUCAUAUAUCUUUUCCUUGUUGUUUUUUUUAAUCUUGCAGACUAAGUCAAUCUAACUACAGAUAUUGUUCUAACUAGACAGUGUUCUUUCUCUAUUACAUUUGCAUAAAUAUUUUAAUAUACCAAGCUUGUAUUCUGGUGAGUGUAAUUGUGUUUGAUUACUUUUCCUAUGUGAAAAUGAGAACUUCAUAUGAGCAUCUUGUAACUGAGAGGCAGUUGAACUUUGAGGAAAGAAAUUAUCAGUGUCUGGUAAAUACCUUCUCAUGGUAGGAUAUCCUCAUCCUACAUAAGAAGUUUAUUCUAAAAUAGUCACAUUUAUUUUAAAUCCAUGGAAGUGGAUCUGCAUCACUUAAAUAUGCAGUCAUCUGUGAGGUUGGGGCACUUCUCACUAAAAACAGUGGCAAUAAGAAGGUUGUAUUUUUGUAUUGAGAGCUGGAAACCACAAUAUGAGUGCUUGCUAAUGAAGAUGUUUAAGACAAGAACAUGAUGCAGAAAGGAUAAUUAGAAA